AUGCCUCAUAUUCCUUUUUCUGUGAACUUUGCCAAUUUAUUCUUCACGGUGUCCUAUGUCGCCAAAUGUGGAGGAGGAGGCCUCCGUUCUCGUGCCGUACCGAGUCGCAUCAGUGAUGCCGUAGGGAAGAAAGCCCAAGAGCAUGAUGAUUGGGGACUAGACACACUUGAACACUUCGAACAAGUGCUUCCAACGUCGCUAGAAAAGGGCAAGAGGCUACUAGCCGCGUUGGCCUCUGGGCUCUCCGGCGGUCCCGAAGAAGACGCAGCUGAGCCUUUCCAGCUUGCACUUGCUCGGGCUCUUCCGAACGGCUCGAGCGACUCCUUGGUUGGAAUGACAAUUUCCCUACGGAAUUCGAGACCAUUAAGCAGGAGCGCUACAGAGGGGUCUUUGCCUCAACAGAAUCUGCUCGUUACCAGGAUAUUGGGUUAUCACCGCUGGAAUUUGCUGGUGAAUGCAGAAGACGUUGAGACUAGAGAACAGUUUUCCGUUAGUAUCCCCAUCAUGCGUAAUAGCGAUUUCGAGGGCUCCGACGAGGAUGGUCUGAUAUCCAUUGCAAGGGGAAUGGAGCAGAACGUGCGGGACUAUAUCGCUUAUCGUUUGUUGCAGAUAGUGCUGAAAGUCGAGCUUUCAGGAGUUGGUCAUAUGCAGCUUGCUUGGAAUUCCAUCUUCCUUCGUGAAGACGGCUCUUUCCUGGUGGGAAAUUUCUGCAGCGCGGGAAAUUUCUGCAGCGCUGCUCCCUUUGGAGAGGAGAAAAACCAACAAAUCGGCAUGCUGCAAUUGACGAUAGAACCUAGUCUUAUGACCUGCUUUGCUGACGACGAUAAACUUGUGCCUGAUGCUGAGGUAAACUUGUGGGGCCUCGGGGUUCUCCUCUUUCAUCUCUACACGGGAUAUGAACACCCCUACUGCGAGCUGCAAGGGCCGAACUGGUGGGAUGAACCAGAUAGUUUUGCAAGGCAGUUGUUGGAGAGCGGGAUACGUUCUGACUUCCUAGUACCGCAGUUGAAACGAUCAGACGCCCCUUCGAGGUGGAAAGCCCUUAUUUUUUUUUGCGCCUGCUGGAGCCACACAGUGAAAACAGGAUAA